AUGUACGAUGUGGGUUCAUGGCUCCUUCAAACCAGCUUCUCAUCUUACUCGCCCGACAUGGACCCUAUUGCCAACUUUCCAUUUACCAACCUUCCAGCUGAACUUGCCUUCCUCAUCCUCAAAUAUGCCGCGCAACCCACCUUUGACCAAACUGACAAAUAUGAGACUAAAUGCGGGGAGGAACAAACACAAAACGACCUCUAUUUCGACUACACACCUCACAUACACAAGAUAUGGAUUGGGUGCUCUGGUGCGAAUAUCGUACCAGAUCACCUGCUCCACCCGGACUAUGCACCGGCACGUAAGCUUGCCAUCAGCGUCCUGACACCGGUGCUACUCGCUACGCCGUCCCUUGCCCUUGCUUGGACAAGUCUGGGGCUUUUUUCAGAAUGCCUGGAACAUGCAUGGAAGUCCCAUGCAGACACGAAUGCCAACGACGAACGUUCCCCGCGUCCAUGGAACACCAAAACCCUGACGCUGUCGGGUGAGACGACCGCCGGCGGCCAAUGGGAGCUCCUCAAGGACACUCCCCAAGGAUCCGCUUUCCUUGCCUCGAUCUCUCAUCUCACCUACGGGUCCCAUACAACCACAUUCGACCACUUUCUUUUUAUAUCCAUGUCUCAUGGCUUACCUCGGAGCUAUAACCUACCUUCAUGGAUGAAGAGCAUUCCAUGGCCUCAUCUCAAGAACCUUCAAACUUUCUCAAUGGCCUACCCGUAUAUCAGACCUCCGUUCGAUAUGUACGAUUUCGUGCAUCUCACAAAGAGAAAGGGAAGAAGCUUUCACGUAGAGCUGUUGACAUUAUCUGCAGCCAUGCUGACGCGCCGCCGCAAUGAUCGCCGUGAUUGGAGGAUAAGUGCGUUUGGUGAUACUGCUCCUGGAAAGGAGUAUACUCGAUCGGAUAGAGCUGUUUUGAAAGUGUCCGAUUCUCCCAUACAAUUUG